AUGAAACCACCGCGGCUCCUUCCCCUCCUCCGCCGCCACCUCUCAUCCGCCGCUGACGCCGCGGAGCUUGCCAGCGCUCUCUCCGUGGUGCCCUCCCCCGAUGCGAAGCGCGACCUUGCCAUCCUGCUCCGCCGCCUUGGCGGCUGCGGCCUCGCCUCCGCCCUCUCGUCCCUUCCGGCCCCGCUUCCCGUCUCCUCCGCCCUGCGCCUCCUCCAGCAUAUUCUCUCCGACGCCCACGCGUCCGCCUCCCGCCACGCCGAGGAUCUCCUGUCUCCUCGCGUCUCUGCGCUCCUCCUCCCAUCGCUCGUCGCCGAUCGCGCCUCGCUACCGUCCGCGCGCCGCCUCGUCUCACGCCUCCUCUCGUUCAACCCUCUCUCCGUCGCCGCAGCGGCGAUCGCGGACUCCGACUGCACUGCCUCAGCGGACCUUCUCGUCCGCGCCUGCCUCAACUCGCCUGCCCCCGGAUCCCUGUCCCGUGCCGCCGAUGCCUUUCUCGAGCUUUCCACACGUGGUGCAUCGCCGUCCAUCAAGACAUGCAAUAUCCUUGUCGAAGCCCUAGGUUGUGGUGGCCAACUGGACGUGGCCCGCAAGGUGUUUGGAGAAAUGCGGGAUGGCAAGACUGUUGCUCCUGAUGUGCACACAUACACGGUGAUGAUUAAGGCACUCUGCAGGGCUGGAGAGAUUGAUGCUGCUUUUGCGAUGCUUGCGGAGUUGCGGCGGUCUGGGAUCCAGCCGACGGUUGUCACUUACAACGUGCUAAUGGAUGCUCUGUGCAAGAGUGGGAGGGUGGAGGAGGCCUUUCGGUUGAAGGGAGAAUGGUUGAAGGCAGGGAAAGGGCAUUGCUCAGAGGUGCUUAAGCUGUUUGAUGAAAUGGCCUCAAAGGGGAUAAAGCAGACAGUGGUGACUUACAACUUGAUUGCGAAGGCUCUGUGCAAAGAAGGAGAAAUGGAACGUGCUGAGCAGAUAUUGGAUGAGAUGUUGUUGGCUGGGAUGAUGGUUCAUUGCAGCUUGUUUAAUAGUGUGGUUGCAUGGCAUCUUCGAGGAACUGGAAGACUGGAUUUGGCGCUAAGGCUUAUAAGAGAAAUGCUUGCCAGAUUUCUGAAACCAAAUGAUGCUCUGAUGACAGCUUGUAUCCAGGAGCUUUGCAAAAGAGGGAACACGAAGAAGCAGCUGAAAUUUGGUUCCAAGUAUUGGGUAAAGGUGGAAGAGAUCCUUCACCUGCUGGAUCAGAUGAAAAGUGAGGGCCUUAAGCCAGAUAUUGUGACAUAUGGCACUAUAAUAGACGGUUACUGCAAAGCAAAGGAUAUGCAUAAGGCGAAUGAAUGUUUGACUGAAUUGAUGAAAAAUGGGUUAAGACCGAAUGCUGUCAUCUAUAAUGCUCUUAUUGGUGGUUAUGGUAGAAAUGGUAACAUUUCUGAUGCAAUUGGUGUUCUUGACACUAUGAAGGAUAAUGGCAUACAACCAACACCUAUAACUUACAGUAGCCUUAUGUAUUGGAUGUGUCAUGCUGGUCUUGUUGAAGAGGCCAAGGCAGUUUUUGCGCAAUGUAUAGUAAAGAACAUUGAGCUUGGAGUAAUUGCCUACACAAUUAUAAUUCAAGGUUUGUGCAAAAUAGGAAAAAUUGAUGAAGCUGUGAUGUACUUCAAGGAAAUGCAUUCCAGGGAUAUACCUCCAAAUAGGAUGACCUACACCACUCUGAUGUUUGCCUAUUGCAAAUCUGGCAACAACGAAGAAGCUUCCAAGCUUUUUGACGAGAUGGUGAGCAUAGGCAUUGUUCCUGAUAGUGUUUCCUACAAUACACUAAUUUCAGGGUUUUGUGAGGUGGAUUCAUUGGAUAAGAUGGUAGAAAGUCCUGCUGAAAUGUCCUCACGAGUUUUGAAACAAGAUGGCUGUUUGUACAAUGCUUUUGUUAAUGGAAUAACUACACCCUGGUGCCAGAAAGAGGCUGUGUCUAGUGCUGAAUGA